AGCCUCAAGACAGCACCAGCGGAAUCUCUGAGACUUUCUUCUGUUGAAUCCCGAGCGUGUGCCCCUGCGCGAUGCUGGCCCUGGCGUGUCUGUGUCUGGGGCUGCUGGGCUCAUCCCUAGCGGCCACCGUUCAGUCUCGUAUGUCGUCCUUCGCUGGCGAGUAUGGAGCAGGAGGAGGCACGGCGUUCUCAUACUCCUCUGAGCAGCUGAAUGGACCAAUCACAGCCCUGAGAGUGCGUGAGAACCCCAGCCACGUGAUCGGGAUCCAGUUCCGCUACGGCAGGGAGUGGGGUCCGUAUUACGGCAACCCGUCCGGCACGCUGCUUGAGGUGGUCCUCCACGCCGGGGAGAACAUCACUCAGGUGUCAGGGAAGGUGGCCUCCUACGUUAACGAACUGAUGUUUGUGACGAGCCACGGACGCAUUUUCCGCUUUGGCCAGCCCUCCGGCACCUGCUUCAACGACUUCCCCCUGUACCCCGGCACAUCUCUGCGCUACGUCAGCGGCCGAUACUCCAGCGUCAUACACAGCAUUGGCUUCCACUGGGGUCUCCAGCCGGGCUGUGUCCACUGCAAACAGGAAGAGUGAUGUGACCCCACCCAUGCAGUCUGAAGCCCCACCCCUGAGGUGCCGCGUCCCACUCAGACCUGUAUAUUCAAUAAAUUGUCUUUUCUCUGA